AUGGCCAGCGGAAGAUCAACAAUUAUCAGGCCGCCGCCUGAUGACCCCAACAAGGCCCCAAUUGAAAACGUGUUGGAGGUGACGGAGCUCGGUGUGCUUGGACCGGACAUAUUCACCAACACCCGCCAGCCCUGGCACCCGCCGGGCGCCCGCGGCAUCUUCGGCGGCGCCGUCAUCGCCCAGUGCCUGGCCUCGGCGCAGAAGACGGUCCCCAACGACUUCUUCGUCCACUCGUGCCACUGCUACUUCCUCCUCGCGGGGUCCUCCGAGAUCCCCAUUCUGUUCCACGUCGAGCGGGUGCGCGACGGGCGCUCCUUCGCGACGCGCACGGUGCAGGCCCGCCAGCGGGGGCGGUGCAUCUUCACCACCACCGUCUCCUUCGUCAAGGAGGGCAGCGGCGGCGAGAAGCAGGUCCGCCACGCGGCGCCGCUUCCCGAGGGCGUGGCGCCGCCCCCGGCCGACUGGAACGACGAGCCCGAGUGGAACCAGCACUCGCCCUUCCAGACGCACCGCAUCACCCUGGUCGGCGCCAACGACGAGGGCAAGAGGCUCGACGAGAUCAAGAGCCGCAACUGGGUGCGCGCGCGCGGCCGCAUCUCGGUCAGCGGCGGCCACCAGGCCCACCUGAACGCUCUGGCCUACAUGUCGGACAGCUACUUCAUCGGCACCGUCGGCCGCAUCCACAAGCUGUGGCGCUUCCCCUUCCGCCCCGACGAGUUCCCCGACCUGCCGCCCGAGCUGCGGGAGCAGGUCGAGCGCCUCAACGAGUUCGAGGGCAACGCCGCGCCGGGCGGCAUCGAGUACUGGAAGACGCGGCCGCACCUCGGCAUGAUGGUCAGCCUCGACCACUCCAUCUACUUCCACGAGCCGCGCCGCCUGCGCGCCGACGAGUGGAUGUUCACAGAGAUGGAGAGCCCCUGGAGCGGCGAAGGCCGCGGCGUCGUGCUGCAAAAGAUCUUCUCGGCGGACGGGACGCUCUUGGCGACCUGCGUCCAGGAGGGCCUUAUCCGGCUGAAGCAGGAGGAGGACGAGGAAAAGGAAACAAAGUCCAAGUUGUAG